AUGUUUAAACAAGCAAUUCUUUCAGUCUUGAUCGUUGCAAUCAUUGCUUCCUCUGCCUAUGCUUCUCCUAUUUUUUCUUUCGUUAAACAAUUCGAAAGUGUCAACAAGAGAUCUCCAACCUCUUCAAACAUCUGUUGUUUGCCAAAUGUCUUCUCCAUGAAGGGUGUUUUCAAUCAAGUUUCCAUCGUUGCCAAUAACAGUACCUUACAACCAGUCGAAGGUGGUUUCACAUUUGCUGGUGAUUACAAUGCUGGUAAAAUUAGACAAGAUAUCACUUACACAGUUGAUGGAGCUGUCAAUACCUAUACUAAUUGGGACUUUAAGAUUAGUUCUUCUAUUACUGUUUCCUAUGAUUUACAAAGUGGAAAAUGUACUUGUCGUAAGGUUCAAGAUUUCAAUCAAUGGGAUGCACUCUGUCUUCCAAAUUCUGGAACUGUUACCAAAGCAAAGAUUGGUUCCUAUGAUGCAUUGAAGAUUGUAAAUACUCAAUAUGGAGCAACUGGUACUAUCUGGACAUUCAGAGAGCCACAAAUGGCCAAUGAUAAGUGUUGGAUUUUGAAUACCUUUGUUGUUGUUCCUACUGCUUCUCAAGAUCAAACUUAUUAUGAUAUGGUUGAAAAGGUUGAUUCAAAUGUUUUCACUGUUCCAUCUUCUUGUCCAUCAAUUAAUACUUGUUUGUCUCAAUAAAUUAUCAUAACAUGAGUUUUUAAU